GGCCUCCGGCUGCUCUGGGCUGGCCGCUGUGUCCGCUCCCAGUGGGUCCUCUCUCUGUCCGGUAGCAAGCCCACCAGCAAGGUCACUGGUUAGGUAGGUGGAAGCUGCAGUCCAAGCCUCCAAGCUUUCCGGAGCACUAAGGGGCAACUGCAAGAAUGCAACCCAGGGAAGAAAGAAUGAAACAGAAGGGAUGCACUGGGCUAGCUUGCUAUCCUCGAUGACAUGCUUGCGUCGCGAACUUUCUAGGCUGGUGGCAGCCGGGAUGUCACCAAGGGGCGACAACACUUCUCCGGAAGACUAACUUCACUGGCUGCAAAACUUUGUCUAUGCUCUGGCUCUGAAAGUUGUGAACUGCCCCGGAGGUGGGACAGACGCAGCAGUAUUGCAGGGAGAUCAAGGCUAUCAGCUACCCUACGACCUUCAGAAAGUCUUAAUUGCCAUUCAGGACCUGGUUCCCAGGUGUUGUGGAGGACGCACCUCCCUGCCCCUGGCCCUCCCCAGGCCAGCAUCCUCCUCCCUGGCAGCCUCAGAUAAAAGCUGGAGGCUCCAGGCUGAAUCUGCUCUCUGCUCUCCAGCCAGGCGAGGCUGAGCCAGGGAGGGCGAGCCCAGCGGGCGCCGUGCCCUCGUUCUGCCGCCAGAGUAGACAAGUUUCCAGCUGAGUCUCCAGCACCGCAUUUGGGUCCGGACGAGUCCCGGGGCUGAAUGGUGUCAUGGAGCCAUCCCGGGAGCAGCUGCAAAGUUCCGAGACGUCCAGCUCCACGCCUUCCGGGGAACUCCCACACGCGGAGGGGCUGUCUGGCCCCGAGGUCCUUUGCGUGAAGGGUGGCACCACGGAGACCCCGAUCCCUGACGCUCAGCUCCAGGACAGGCCUCUGUCGCAGCAGGAAGAGGCGGCUCUCCCGGAGCAGGAGGAGUUGCAGGAAUAUCGCCGCCCUCGAGCACGCUCCUUCUCUUUGCCGGCAGACCCCAUCCUGCAGGCCGCCAAGAUCCUGCAACAGCGGCAGCUGGCGAGGCAGCCCGGCGCGGAGGGUGGUGAGCCGGGCCGGGACUGCUGCGCCAAGUGCAAGAAGCGCGUACAGUUCGCAGACUCGCUGGGGCUGAGCUUGGCCAGCGUGAAGCAUUUUAGCGACACUGAAGAACCACAGGUGCCACCUGCAGUGCUCUCCCGUCUCCGCAGCUUCCCGAUGAGCGCCGAGGACCUGAAGCAGGUCGGGGGGCUUCUGGCGGUGGCAAAGGUGCCCGCGCCCCUCUUGGCGCCACGCGCCCAGCUCCGACCCCUCUUCCAGCUCCCGGGGCUAAGCGCUGCGGAGGAGCGUCUGAGGCGGCAGCGAGUGUGUCUGGAGUGCGUGCAAUGUUCCCAGUCGCCCAGUGCCGAGGUGACAGGCUCGGGUCGGGUGAUCAGCUGCCAGGGACCCAGGACGGUGGCGGUGCGCUACACCUUCACGGAGUGGCGCACCUUUCUGGACGUGCCGGCCGAGCUGCAUCCCGAGUCACUGGAGAAGCUGCCUCCCGUGCGCUUGGGGCACUCUGGACCAGGGCCUGGGGAUUGUGAGGAGGAGCUGGUCAAGGAGCGCUUCUGCUUCUCGCUGUACCUGCCCCCAGGUCUGCAGCCCAAAGAAGGCGAGGGUACUGACACGGGUGACGUCGCGAUCCAUUUUGCUGUCUGUUACCGCUGCGAACAGGGAGAAUACUGGGAUAACAACGAGGGGGCCAACUACACCUUGCGCUAUGUGUGCUCUACAGACUCUCUCUGAGUCCUGGGAUAUGGAGAGAGGCUGACCAGCAAGCGGGGGACCUCAGCAGAGCUUGGAGCUAAAGGAGUAAAGCAUAAGCCAUAAACUCGCAGCGCAGAUCCAUGCACCAGCAAGCACAGCGGCUCUGACAAUGCUCUGACCCUUUUUCGAUCGACCUUCUAGAACUCCCAGCCUACAAUGGAAUAAGGAACACCCCAGCUCCCCAAGCAGAGGCUUUCUCCAAGAAAAGCGUUCUGGAACCCUGAACCAGAACUUGUGAUCUUGGGGGUUUGUUUCUAACUUGAGAUGUGGUCCUUACAGCUUGGUGAAAUCUGCAGGGAAAGACAGUUUCUACGUGGGAAAGGAAGACCUUCACUCGUGGAACCUUCACACCUAGGCAUGAUUCUCAGGGGGCUCCGUGGGUGGCCAUGAGCCAGUCCCUUUUAACUGGGAUCUGGAAACGUCUGCCCAGACACAACGCCAUUUUCUUCUGUGAUUGGAUACAAAUGUCCUUUUAAAAAGUAAAGGCCACGUGCACACA